UCUUCUCGCGAGAGCAGGCCGCGCGACCGGAAACAUUAGCGACCCCGGAAGUCCUCCUGGGCACAGCUGGUCCGUAAGAUCUCGUCCCCUUCGCGGCCCCGAGGGGUGCACUACCCGACUGGCCAUGGACGAUACCCUGUUCCAGUUGAAGUUCACAGCGAAGCAGCUAGAGAAACUGGCCAAGAAGGCAGAGAAGGACUCCAAAGCCGAGCAGGCCAAAGUAAAGAAGGCCCUUCAGCAGAAAAAUGUGGAGUGUGCCCGUGUAUAUGCUGAGAAUGCCAUCCGCAAGAAGAAUGAGGGCGUUAACUGGCUCCGGAUGGCCUCCCGUGUGGAUGCAGUGGCCUCCAAGGUGCAAACGGCUGUGACCAUGAAGGGGGUGACCAAGAAUAUGGCGCAGGUGACCAAAGCACUGGACAAGGCACUGAGUGCCAUGGACCUUCAGAAAGUGUCUGCAGUGAUGGACAGGUUUGAGCAGCAGGUGCAGAACCUGGACGUGCACACAUCGGUAAUGGAGGAUUCUGUGAGCUCUGCCACCACACUGACCACACCUCAGGAGCAGGUAGACAGCCUGAUUGUACAGAUUGCUGAGGAAAAUGGCCUGGAGGUCUUAGACCAACUCAGCCAGCUUCCAGAGGGUGCCUCUGCUGUGGGCGAAAGCUCUGUGCGCAGCCAGGAGGACCAGCUGUCUCGGAGGUUGGCUGCCCUGAGGAAUUAGCAUGCCCUUGGCAGGUGCUGCCUCCUUGUGCUGUGAUGUCCUGGAGGCUUCUGCCCCACUCUGCGCUCAACUUUCUCCAACCCUUCAUAGUUGCCUUGGCUCUUUUCCAACCUGUCAGGCUGGGCGCCUUAGAACUGAGCCUUAGGUUGAACAGUGGGCCUCUGUCCUGGUGUUGAGUUUGCACAAAUGUA